AGCUCAUGAAUAUGGGUAGCACUGUUGUCAGGUUUCUAAGCAUUGCAACCUUAUUUACCAUUUGCUUAUUAUUAUGCAAUGCAAAUCUGAGUGCGCCUUGCAAACAAAAUGAGAGACAAGCACUUUUGAAGUUUAAGCACGAUCUUGAAGAUCCUUCAAAUCAGCUUUCAUCUUGGGCUGGUGAAGGAGAUUGUUGCAAUUGGGCGGGAGUUGUCUGCAACAAUUUUACCGGUCAUGUCCGCGAUCUCCACCUUGCCAAUAUGUCUUUCAGUGGUAAGAUAAAUCCAUCUCUACUCAAUUUAACGCAUCUGAGCUACUUGGAUCUAAGCUACAAUGAUUUUGAAGAAAUGCAGAUUCCUAGCUUCUUAGGUUCUCUCAAAAGUUUAAGAUAUCUUAACCUCUCAUACUCGUCGUUCGUCGGAUUAAUUCCUCAUCAAUUGGGAAAUCUAACGAGUCUACAGGUUCUUGAUCUGGACGAUCUCCAAUAUGAAGAUGACCAUGGGGAGAUUCACUCUUUGGAGGUUGAGAGCCUUCAAUGGAUUUCUGGUCUUUCUCAAUUGCAACACUUGGACAUGAGUGGUGCAAAUCUUAGCAAAGCAUCUGAUUGGUUGCGGGUGACAAACACACUCCCGUCUUUGGUAGAGAACUUGGAUAUGUCUCGUUGUGGACUUUAUCACAUACCUGGUGGUAUUGCCAACAUGACUAAUCUCAAAUUCCUUAAUCUCCACGACAACUCUAUCAGUUCUACAAUACCUCAAUGGUUGUACAGGCUUAGCCAUCUUCAGUCCCUAAGUCUUUCCUCCAAUUCUUUUCAUGGUGAGAUCUCGUCUUCCCUUGGAAACCUCACAUCCAUUGUCAAUCUUGACUUGAGUUCUAAUCAACUCGCAGGGAAUAUCCCAAACUUUUUGGGAAAUCUUUGUAAGUUGACUACUCUUGAUAUGUCGGUGAACAAUCUCAAUGGAAGCGUGUCAGAAAUUUUUGAAAGUUUUUCUAGGUGUAGUUCAGUUCAAAUAGAGUCAUUGAGUCUAUCAUGGAACAAUCUUUCGAGCCAUUUAACAGAUAAGCUUGAUCAUUUUGAAAAGUUGCGCGUCCUUGAUCUUGCUAGUAACUCAAUAUCAGGUCCCCUUCCACCGUCCUUUGGCAAUCUGUCAUGCCUAGAAGUUUUGAGAAUUGAUGAUAAUAAUUUAACAGGUGUUGUCUCUCAACUACAUUUCACUAAUCUUACAAGAUUGGUGGAAUUUGACGCACGUGGAAACUCAUUGACUCUUGAAACUACUCCACACUGGCUUCCUCCAUUUCAACUUUCUAUUUUGGAUUUAAAUUAUUGGCAUCUGGAGCCAUCGGAAUUGCCCAUGUGGCUUCAGAGUCAAACGCAGUUGGAGAUUCUUAUCAUGCCCAACACAAGAAUUUCAGGUACCAUUCCGACUUGGUUUUGGAACUUUUCUUCCCAAUUAAGCUAUAUUGAUCUCUCUGAAAAUAAAUUGUAUGGUGAGGUUCCACAUGUAUUUCCCAGUUCGCCGUCUCUGGUUAUUCUCUUAGGUUCUAACCAGUUCAAUGGUUCAUUACCUCUUGUUUCAUCAACAGUAUAUGAACUAGAUCUUUCCAACUCAUCGUUUUCUGGAACGCUCUUUCACUUUUUCUGUAAUAAUAAUAGUGAACCAAAGGCACUUGAAAGUCUUCAUCUGGACAACAAUCGUCUAUCUGGAAAAAUUCCUGACUGUUUCAGAAACUGGAAAAACUUGGAAGUUGUAAAUUUAGAAAGCAACAAUUUAAUUGGGAAUAUUCCAAGGUCUUUGGGCUACUUACUCUCCCUCCAAUACUUGCACUUGCGCAAUAAUCACUUGCAUGGGGAGUUGCCUCCAUAUCUAAAGAAAUGUACAGAUUUGACUAUUCUUGACCUUAGUUACAAUAAGUUUCUAGGAAAGAUACCAAUGUGGAUUGGAACAAGCCUUUCAAAUUUGAGGGUUCUCAGCCUUCGUUCAAAUCAGUUUCAUGGCCACAUUCCGUACAAGCUUUGCGAUCUCACAUAUCUCCAAAUAUUGGACCUCGCACAUAACAAUCUCUCAGGAAGAAUGCCAAGGUGUUUGUACAAUUUUACAGCAAUGACCACCCGUUUAUACUUUAAUCGUCCAUUUUAUAUUAUGGGCCGAAUAGAGAAUGCAAACGUGGUGACAAAAGGCAGAGAAGUGAAAUAUGGAAACAUUCUUCUUAGCUUGGCAAUUAGUUUGGACCUUUCAGACAACAUUAUCUCUGGAGAAAUCCCUGAAGAACUUAACAGCCUCAUCUACUUGCAGUCGGUGAAUUUGUCUUAUAAUCAUUUGAGUGGAAGAAUCCCUCCCAAGAUUGGUGAUAUGAGAUGGUUAGAAUCUCUUGAUUUGUCCAUGAAUCAACUUUGUGGUCAAAUUGCUCCAAGUAUGUCAAGUUUGACAUUUCUCAGUACCUUGAACUUGUCCUACAACAAUUUGAUAGGCGAGAUUCCGAAAAGCACUCAACUUCAGAGUUUUGAUCAAUUCAGUUUUAUUGGUAAUAAACUUUGUGGCCCUCCACUUGAAGUGAACUGCAGUAAUACCAACGGGACAGUACCACCGGUAGCAGAUCAGAAACACGGAGGAAGUUAUUUGCUUGAAGACGGUUGGUUCUAUCUGAGCUUGGGACUAGGAUUUCUGUUCGGUUUUUGGAGUGUUCUUGGCUCGUUGUUGUUGAACUUGCCAUGGAGCAUUGGUUUUAAUCGGUUCCUAAAUAGCAUUGUGAAGAAGCUUUAUGGGGUAAUUGUUGAACAUUUUUAACUAUUUCUGCAGGUAGAUUGACCUUGGUUUGUUCUUUUAGAUGUUAUCGUUUCCAAAAGUUUAAGAGAUGCUUUAGAUAGGAUGUACUUUUCUUGGAUAUCGAUGCUUGUAAUCAGGGUUAGGCUUUUAAGUCCCCCCUUCUUUUUUCAGUUUGUUAAUCAAUAAAGUUAUCCCUCGUAC